AUGUCAAAGCCAGGGCCAGGGCCAAGUUCAACACCAAGCAGCAAGGACCAGGACCUUUUCCUCUGCUCAUUGCAGGAGCCUGACUCAGACCCUUCGAAUCAUGACUGCCAUAAAUGUCCACGACACAUCAGUGUCCGACGCAGCACUAGCCCUGUGGGCGGAGAACUCAGCUAUCAGCCUGAAGCUUUUCAGAGCAUUGAAGCAAAGACACCCGAGUCUACCACAUGUCUCAAAACACAGCAGCUUCCCUCUCAGUCCCUGGUUGACAACCAUGGCUACCUCCCGGAAGUCCAAGAGUUUUGGAGCGAGUACAUCCUGUCAUAUGUUCGACGGCUCGCGUACGUGGACUUUUUAUUGGAGCUUUUAACCCAGCCAGGAUUUGGGACGUCGCAACCAGAGGGAAACGUCAUCGAAGAACGUCAGGAAAACGGAUGCAUCAUCAUCAUCCAAGCUAGCCGGAAGAGAUGCAACCCGGAUGACAUAGCGGGGCCCAUUACAUCGAUACAGACCACGGACAUCGCGAGACCAGCAAAAUGUCUUAAAAUAGCGAUCGUUUCUCCAUCCAUAAGGCAUGAUGAUGAAGAAUACCAAUCGAACGCAUCAUUUAGCGACGAAGAACGCGAAGACUUGGACGACGUACAACUCUGGUCAAACACGCAAGUACGUGUGUGGGACAGUGUGACAUUUAGUAGCGAGCGAGACGAAGAGAGCGUGACUGUAAGGAGUCAGACCCCGUAUGCUGGGGAAGAAGAAGCAGCGUCGAUCGUGGAUGCGGAUGCUGAAACGGUUGGUGAUGAACUCAGGUCAGCGAGCCUAAGGCACGAGAGCAACGAAAGGCUGAUGGCUGAUUACGCGGUUGAAAUUGAGGCCAGCGUAGCCAUGAACAGACGAGGAGGUGGUCGACGUAAACUCACAGAGCUGGCUUUGGACCAGGUGAUCAAAAGAAAAAAGAUGAGUUUAUUCUGUCCUGUAAAUACCGGUAAUAAAUUAUGUUUCUGUAUCUGUCUGGUACAUUUUCUCGACCCCCAAUUACCCGAGAGCGAAUUGGAAAAUCGUGCGAAUGUCAUCCAAAACAACGCGGGGCUAACUAGCCAAGACCCGAUAGGUCUUCAUGACAUAGCCAGGUUUGAAAAUCUGCUAGGUGUCAAAAUCAUCGUAUUUUACAGGACGAACGAUGGGGGGCUAGAAACGUACAAAAAUUAAGAGGAGCCUCAUCCAAAAACGGUCUGCCUUUACCUGCACGACGAUCAUUACUAUAUUAUAUUGAGUCUGACGGCGUUCAUCGGUACAGAUUAUGUAUGUGAAUUUUGCUUUAAAGGUUACUCCAAACGAAGAAAUGACAGUUGUAGACACGUUUGCAACGUUUGUUUCGAUCGAGAUUGCUACAAGCAUCCUAAAACAGUUGUUCACUGUGCCGAUUGUCUACACUAUUGUAAAUCGCGCUACUGCUACGACAUGCAUAAGAAGAUACCCCCAGGCAGAGAAAAAAUACCGUGCGAUGUUAUAAAAUAUUGCAAACUAUGUAACAGACGGUACGAAAUUACAGGACGAGGCGACAAACAACAUGAAUGUGCCCCAGCCCAUUGCAUUCAUUGCCGCGGGGAUCUAACGGCCCAAGGGGUACAUAGAUGUUUCAUACAGCCCCAUGCUCCCAAGGGCCGUAGCAAAAAAUAUAUAUUUUAUGACUUUGAAACGCGUUAUGAAAACGGCAAGCACGUCGCUACGGCGAACUCAGGAGACAGUUUGACAACAAAGUGGAAAUUCUGCAAAAUGCCUAUGGGGUAAAAGUGGAAAUUUUAUGGGAAUGUCAGUGGCUGAAAAUGAAACAGACCAACCCCUCGGUGAAAGAAUUUAUGAGUACUUAUUCGGCCCCCGAGAGACUGAAACCCCGAGAUUCACUUUUUGGCAGACGCACAAACGCUUAUAAGCUGUACCACAAAACAGAUGACGGGGAGAAAAUAAGUUAUGUCGAUUUCACCAGCUUAUAUCCAUUCUGUCAGGCUAGGAAAAGCUAUCUGAUCGGUCACCCCGAGAUCAUUUUCAGUGACUUUGAACCGAUUGAGAAUUAUUGCUGUCUUAUCAAGACCACCGUGUAUCCUCCGCACAAAUUACUACACUAGUGUUCCCGUUAUGCAGAACAUGAACGCGGUGAAAACCAGACAACGAGCUGCCCCCACACGGACGAUGAGAGGGCUCUCUCAGGAUGCUGGGUCAGCAUUGAACUUUUAAAAGCGAUCGAGAAGGGGUACAUGAUGGCAAAGGUCGACGAAGUUUGGUAUUUCCCGCAGCGGUCAGAUACGCUGUUUUGCGAUUUACAUGAAAACGUUUUUACGUUUGAAACAGCAAGCGUCUGGUUACAUCCUCGAAUAUUAUGAAAAAGAGGGAAUUCAACUUGACCCCGAAAAGAUCAGUCACAACCCCGCCCAGAGGUCUAUCAAUAAGCUACUUCUUAAUUCGUUAUGGGGACGAUUUUGUAUGCGCGAACAUUUACCGCAAACCCUGCUCGUGAAAGACCCUGAAGAUUUCGCACAAAUCAUUUUUGGUAAAACCGACAUCCUGAAAUACUUCACAUUCGUCUCGGACGACGUGACGCUCGUCCAGCAUUGUCGCAACGUUGCACAACAAGUCAGUCGACAAAAGGUUCAAGGUGGUGUACAAUAACCGUAGACUCCUACCCGAUUUCAACACUCUUCCUUAUGGCUACUGAUUCGAUGAUGCAAAGAGGGGUUCGGGAUGCUUCUGAAUUUGACUUUCGACUUAUUCAUCAGUGAUCAGUGGCCCCAGCAAUAGCGGCAAAACCUACUUUGUAAAGCGCUUGUUGGAAAACGGUUUAAAUAUGAUUUCUAAAAAAAUUUAAAACAUUGUAUAUAUUUAUAAUUGUUGCCAACCUCUGUAUGACGAAUUGCUUAAAAUGUACGACAUCAAAUUUGUUGGAGGAAUACCCGAGUCUCUGAAUGAUGAUCGUUUACUACCCACCGACAAAGCCAAUUUUCUGAUAUUGGACGAUGUUAUGAACCAAGCUAGUGGGAAUCUUCAAAUACAGAAGGUUUUCACGCAGUUUGUACAUCAUCGUAAUCUUAGCGCUAUUUAUAUUGUACAGAAUUUAUUUGCUCAAGGUAAAUCGAGCAGAACCAUCAGCUUGAAAACGAAUUAUUUAAUUUUGUUUAAAAACCCCCGUGACGCUAAUCAAGUGAUGGUGUUAGGCCGUCAGAUGUACCCUACCGAUGUAAAAUACUUUAUGGAGUGUUAUCAAGACGCUACCAGUCAACCUUAUGGGUAUCUCUUGAUAGACUAUAAAGCGAAAACACCCGAACAGUAUCGGCUCAGAACAGGGUUGCUUUCUGACUGCCAAGUGGUCUACCUCCAGAAAAAAAGGAGCUUGUGAUCAUUCGUCAUGUCCGCCAGACUUUGUAAGCAUCUACCUCUGUUAAAGUUGCCUCAUAAAGCCACGCCUAAACAACGGCGUCUUAUUUUACAGAUAGCGUCCCAAGAUCUCAUUUUAGCGAUUUGCGAAGUGGCUCUAAACAUCCUCUACGGCACGAUUCCGAUCAGCCGUCAGCAGUAUCAAAAACUGAAGAGGAGAAUAGCAGAAAUUAAACUUGUCGCCAAUAAGAAAAUAGGUAUAACCGCCAAGAAGCGUGUUUUCAAUCAGUCCGGCGGAUUUCUUUUACCGCUUCUAAGUGUCGCAGUACCCUUUAUUUCCAGCUUAAUAUCGGGCAGACAGGGCUGAGGAUGCAGUAUGCUGAAAAGAAGUAUCUAGUCCCCCAGAACCAGCUGGAAAAGCUGCAAUCCGGAACCCCCCGUGAGAACAUUCAACAGGUCGUAGAGAACGAUCUGGACACAGCCAUAAGAAAUAUUUUACUCCGGACUGAUUUAGAUCAGCAUGAAAAGGCUAAACUUUACUCAAGCAUCCUAACCAGGUUUUUAACGAUGGUUAAACAAGGCGAUCGCGAGAGUAGCGUUUUAACAAUAUCGUUACCGCAUCCCGAUCCCGGUUAUAAAGACGAUCAUACCCCUGGAGACGUUGGGGGUUCGGAAGACAUCAUAGCCGAAGUUCUGAAGAACGUACCGUCGCGAAGCGUAAAAAUCAGCCGAUACAUAUUAGACAAAAUGUCUAAAGCUAAAGGACUCUAAAGGCUCUUGGAACAAAUCUGGCGAAUUUGUGUUUAAGGGUGAAGCCGUACCAGGUUCGCACAUGCUCGAUUUGUUAAAAAAUGUUACCGCACCACACCAGGUCCGGGAUGACAGAAGACCUCUAGGAUGGUCUGAGUUUUUACAGUCGUUUGCCGAAUUAAACAUACCGUUUUCUACGGUGACUAAUCAACAUGUUAGACGUUUGAUUAGCUCUUUAAAAAGCAUGCGCGGAGCUCAUGCAAGUACGCCUGAGCCUGCACAACCUUCUAAAAAGUCUGUCAAAAAGAGAAAUUCACGUACUACGGCUAUGAGGACGGAUGAACCCACGUUCAAAUCACCGUCUCUCGAUCGAAGGCAAUGGUUAGAAUUUUAAAAAUGUAUUUUCUUUAAAUGUCUUUGUGAAAUGAUAUGUAUACGAAUUUUAAUUAUGUAUUCACACGUUCUUUAAAUGUAUGUCACUGUGUUACAUGAUAUGUAUACCUACUGUUUGAAUAUUUUUGAAUAAAAGACUGUAAAACUGAUGUCGGUUUUAAUCGUUUUUAAUUUAUGAUCAAACGCAUACAAUGGAUAAUUCAAUCAU